AUGGUUAAAGCUGAAACUGAACUUCAAUAUAUGACAAUAAGCUUUAUAUAUAAUGCAAUUACAGAAAUUACAAAUAGGAUUAUUAGUUCUAGUAAAAUAAAUCUUAAAGAAAUUGAUCUUACUAAUCCUAUAAUAAUCUUUAAUAAUGAUAUUAGUAUUAAAAAUCCAGAUGAUGAUGAUAAAAUUGAUGAUCAUCUAAAGUGA